CUGACCUGCUGCACUUUAAUACCACGAUAAGUAUACAACAACAACAGCUAUCAUGAAAGUAGUCGCAGCUUUGAUAGUUUUGGUAUUUGGAAGUUGUAUAUCAUGUGCGACAGGGCAUAACUUUCGCGAUUAUGAAGACCUUAUUUUAUACGAAGAAUGUGACUACGAUUUGCAGAAGUUGUGUGGGAAUUUACCCCCACCAUACACCCACUCUGUGAUCUUUCAGGCGCCAUGCUUCAUCAGCCAAAAAGAUAAAGCUUCAAUCAAUUGUCGGCAAUUGUUCGAUAAGUAUACGAGGCGCAAAAAAAACAACCUAUCCAACAAACAUAUCACAUUCCAAAAGAAAAAGUAUCUUAAUCGAUCUCUAGACUAUAGCACUUGUACUCAGGAGGCUAGAGGAUUUUGUUCAAGACAUAAAUCCGCUUCCAUUCAUUUCCUGUUAUCAUUAGCAUGCUUCACAUCAAAUAUUGAGCAUCUCUCGGUAGCUUGUAAAAAUACCUAUGAGAUGUAUUUGCUCGAUGGGAGGUCAAGCAGGACCGGUCACAAGAACGAGCCCAUCGAGAUGGAGAUUACAUAUCCUAUACACAAUAGUGCCUCAAAAAGAAAAGAGCUCAACAGUCAUGUAUAUGAUUGUGAUGAUGAGGCUAUAAGUAUGUGUAAAGGGUUCAAAGUGCAAACUUUGUCGCGCCUAUUUACGGCACCAUGUUUCACCGACAGAUGGUUUCUGGCCUCGGUCAAAUGUCAGGCCAGGUAUAAAGAAUUUAUUUCGUACACGGAUGGCAAAGUGGUACCUGUCGCGACUUUAACGAUUCUCUCGGGUUUACACGAGCACGCAAUCACUGUGUGUAACAGAGAUAAAACGAGGUACUGUUCAGAUAUGCCUGUAGAUACACAAACAACAAGAUCAGUCCUUUUCACUGCCCCAUGUUUUGUGGCAAAUCGGAAUAUGUUGUCGCAGCAGUGCCGACGCCUAUUCGAUAAAUAUCAGCAGACACACAGCAAACGUGGGGUCUUAGAUGCCUGUGAGACUGAGCGCAUGACCUUUUGCCCCGAAAUCCUAUCACCUGAAGCAUGGUACGAGUCCGACUGUUUCGAAUACUCCUAUCAGGCAUUCAGCACCGUAUGUAUACAGGCGUUAACCUUAUACUGGGAAUCCUGUGGGCUAAAUGUAGAUUUCGAGAAACGACGGAAGGCUCAAGUCCCAGCAGUGCGAUAUAAUGCCAUGGAAAAUAGGAGAAUAACUACGAGCAGGCGUGACUAUUGGGUAGUAUUUUGCAUCUGCCGCAUAGCGACUGCCAUUGAAAGCUUGUUACGGACACUGGUACGUAGUCUAGUAGACCUACUGGGAUGAAUAUUCCUGCACGAAGGGAAGCAAUAUAUAGAAAACUACGUGGAAACCAAUAAAUUUAUCGGAAGGAUAUAUACAGC